AUGGAGCAGGAUAAACAAAGGGGUGCAGUCCCAGGAACAUUCUUCUGGCGUCCUCGUUUGGGUUUAGAUUUGUCCAUUCCAACUACAGAAGCUAACGCGAAAGUUGCCCUGCCUACGAGGGGCAAUGUACAAGCGGGGCUGGUGGUGAUGAUAGAUGGCUACCAAGUCGGCAUGACUGUGGUGGCACUCUCUGCUGGUAUUUCGGGGGCGAAGCCCUAUCCUCACCUUAACCCGGUGUCAGCUUACUUCUACACUAAUGCCUACCGGUGGGGACUUCGGCAUUUAAGUCUUAUUCCCUUCUGGAUUGGAGGCAACGGUGGCCAUUACUGCGACACACACAAAGUAUGGAGGCGCCGCUUUUAUUAUAUGGACGAAUUUAUGCCCGAGUGGAUGCGUAAAAUAUUCCCCUACGUCGAUCAGAAGGAAUGGAAACAGGAAGAGCUCGAGUUCCGACGCUUCAAGAAGUACGCCGAACCUGCUUUUGGUAAACACUAUCGGUUUCCAACCAAAGUAUUUAAUAAUUGGAAAUCACAAGAGACAAAAGAGACAGUGGAAGAGAACAUCGAUUCUUCUGCUUCGAUAUAAUUAUAAUUAUUUAAAUACAUAUUACAAAAUGGAUCCCCUCGCCCACAUUUGCAUGUAUAAAUAAGCGUGAAAACCUAAACACAGCAUCAAAUUUCACCAGAAAAGAAGGUAAGA